AUGAAAGCAAAGAUGGAAAGGAGAAAUAUGUUUGUGCUGCAAAAUCUUUCACAUUCGAGCACCUUAAAGUCGUUCGUUUUGAUCUUAUGGAUUUAUUCGACAUUUAUUUUUGGUCUUUUAGUUUUUAGAAAAGGUUUCCUUUUAACAAGAAAUGAAAUGAAGAACCAUAGUUUCCAAAAUUGGCACUCAGUGGACUCUCAUCUGGGGUACAGGCAUAACAACGAGUAUCGCAAUUGGCAAACUUUUUCAAGACUUGUUCUGGUUGUCAUUGAUGGAUUGAGAUUCGAUUUUAUUGCAAAAAGUACCAAUGAAAGUACCAACUUUUACCAUAACAAGAUGAAGCUCUUACAAAGUUUGUUGGCCAAAGCUCCUGAGAGAACAAAGCUCUUUAAAUUUAUAGCAGAUCCACCAACAACAACUAUGCAAAGACUUAAAGGGCUAACAACAGGUAGUUUACCAACCUUUGUUGAUGCUGGGUCAAAUUAUGAAAGUGGUGAGAUAGAAGAAGACAGUCUGCUUUAUCAGUUUCAUGCAGCAAACAAAACAAUGGUAUUUAUGGGUGAUGAUACAUGGAUAAGCCUGUACCCAAGUUUUUUCAAACGGAAGUUUCCAUUUUCUUCAUUUGAUGUCAAAGAUCUUGACACUGUUGAUGAUGGCAUAAUAAGUCAUAUGAUUCCAGAAGUUAAAAAGAAAGAUUGGAAUGUUCUUAUUGCCCACUUUUUGGGGGUGGAUCAUUGUGGGCAUAGAUAUGGCCCAAACCACCAAGAGAUGGAAAGAAAGUUAACACAAAUUGAUUAUUUCCUCAGAGAUUUGAUACAGCAGCUGGACAACGACACCUUAUUAUAUGUUUUUGGGGAUCAUGGAAUGACCCAGAGUGGAGAUCAUGGAGGGGACAGCGAUGACGAAGUGAUGUCUGCACUGAUCAUUCACAGUCAGAAGACUUUGUUUCGAUCACGAUCGGAGAAGAGUCACUUGAAUGUGACAAAUGUUGCUCAAGUAGACAUCGUUCCGACUCUGGCUUUGCAGAUGAACGUUCCUAUUCCAUUUUCAAAUAUUGGUUCUAUUAUCGAAGCCUUGUUUGAAACAAAGCAAGAUUAUGUUCAAGGUGAUCUCCACAAAAUAGACGAGUAUAUGAAACGAACUAUACAAGGCAUUGAAAAUGGCAUUAGCGUUCUUGGUGCUUUACAUUUGAACGCAUUGCAAGUGUUCGGAUAUGUGAAAGAAUAUUCGAAAAGCUCAAGUGACCUACCGAAGGAAAAGGUCAGCAUUCUCGAAGAAAUGUUUCAUAGCGCAGAGCGAAAGUUUUCUUUUCUUUCAAAAAGUCACAGGGAAAUGUCUAGAAAGCAUUUUGAAAGAGAAAUUACUAUGCCAAUUCUCACACAGUUACUUUCUGAUGUUCUAGAAAACCAGCAAGAUUUUAGAGCAUUUCUGCAUGGCAUUUUUCAUGCAUACCAAGAUGUCUGGGUCAAAUUCAAUACAACAUUGAUGAUUGUCGGAAUAUUUUUCAUGGCCAUUAUUUGUUUGGUAAUUAUAUGCUUCAGCAUCCAGUCUAGGUAUUCAACAAAGGAUGACGUGAAGUAUGUGCUCUUUGCAUUCCAUUUGAAGCACAUAGUUGGCAUUACCAGCAGUCUCAUCUCGUGGCUAAUUCUUCUUCUGAGGCAUCCGUUUCAAGAAUAUGGCAUUACCAUUUCUUCAUGUUUCCAGUUAUUUUCCAUAGUUUGUCUAGUUUGGCAUCAAGGCUUCCUCGAACUACCUAACCUCUGGCGUUGUAAAUUCGGCCUAAGUUUUAUUGACUAUUCUGCAAUAAUUUCUGUUGUUAUUUACACAGUGUCUCAGUUCUCCAAUAGUUACACUGUUUGGGAAAAUUCAGUGCUAUUGUUGCUUAUACAAACAUUGAUCUCAACUUAUACCCUCAGCUAUCUUCAAAAAAACUUGCGUUCAGGUCAGGAGUCUCGCAAAAGUAAAAGGCAAGAUAGGAAACAACAAAAACAAGAAGAAUCGUACAAAGGCGACAUCGCUGUUUUUGUUUUUUGCCUGUUCAUGUCGUUUUCCCUUAGAUUGUCUAUGUUUUGGUGGAGCUGUAGGGAGGAACAGAGUUACUGCAAGGCGACGUCUUUAUUACGGCGUCUUGAUUCGGUCUCUUAUAGCGAUUCCAGCAACAUGAUUCAGCUGCGGCUUGCCGUUGCGUCAAGCUGCCUCCUAGCUGUUAUUAUGACUGCUUAUUUCUGGUGCAAAAAUAAAGGGAACCUUGUCGGCACCUCUGCAGUAUCCACAUCAAUUAAACUAUUUACUCCAGUCAGUGGUUUGUGCAUACUUCUACACUGGGUCCUUCAAAUUCCCGGAAAAAGCAAGCUCGAAAAAGUAAUGGACCUUUCUUGGAUGCAACAGGUUUUAUUGCCGAGAAUCGUGUUUUUAUUUUUGUUUAUAUCAAUUAUUCUCUUAAUAUGGAAUCCAUUAAGCCUGCACGCAGUUUUUAGAGGUGGACAUUCAUCGCAUGGCAACAUGCUUUUUUCUGAAAGCAGUCUUGAACAAAACAUACAUGCUGUGUACAAAGAGCUGAAAGAAAGUUUCGGAGAUGAUAAAAAAAACAUCUCGCAAAAAGAUGAUUAUAAGCCGCCCAUAGUUUUUGGAAUGAAAGAUGUUUACACAUCAGCAUACGUAGCUGUUCUUGCACCAGUUGUUCUAUUCCUAAUGUUGUUACUUGGGGACGGUUUGGCAGCCAGUGUUCUGUUAAUGGUUGUGUCUGCUGUUUGCCUGCUUUGGUUGCCAGAAAUUAAGCGUCCUCUUCGCGAAGGACCAAGUACUUUUAAACUGGUAGCCUGGGCUCUGGUAACAUCUUACUGGUUUUUUGGAACUGGUCAUCAAGCGACAAUACCUUCGAUUCGCUUCGACGCUGCAUUUGUAGGACUUCAAGGAGAUAUUGGGAUUUACAUACCAGGGAUCCUGGUAUUGUUUAAUCAAUUUUCGUCAGCUGUUUUCUUUUCUGCGAGUCUACCAUUGCUUUGCGUGUGGAGUGCACGUGCUGAUGAAGAAAAUCGUAAAGAAGCUCCAAAUGAUGACUGCAAUAACAUUGGUGAGAUGCGUCUACACGAUGAUCCAUCAACCUCAGAAAGGCUAAUGCUCCAAACAGUUCUCGCCUGUAUCCUCGCUUCCAUGUUAAAGGUGACUGUACAGGCCUGUGUUGCUUCUUUACAUCGACGGCAUCUUAUGGUGUGGAAGAUUUUUGGUCCUCGAUUCUUGUUUGAAGCAGUGAGCUCUGUAUUCUCAAUUCCUUUUUUGAUACUAGGAUAUAUCUACUUCACUCGAAUUCAUCAAACCUUGCAGACAUGGACACUUAAGCUGAGAUUCCUUUGCAAAUAA